AUGUUAUCAUCAAUCACAAUCGCUGUUAAAGACGCCGAGGCCCAGGUUCUCGAGAAACGUGCUGCGUUAUGCGACAUGUUGGAAGCCAACACCUCCAAAGCCAUUGAAGUCUUUCGAGAUGUGUCGGCUCCAGAUUAUCGAGAGAUGCGUCAAAAUGGGACAAACGGCUUCAACAAACCACCUGAGCUUUCAGAGGCUGAGAACCUAUUCAUUCAGAGGCGCGACGGCACAGACAUGGAGCUUCGCAUUAUCAAGCCAACGACAGGGUCUAGUAGUGGCUCACUGUUGCACUUUCAUGCAGGUGGUCUUGUGUAUGGAACUGCUCGUGGCCAAGACAACUACUUGCAAGCAUUGGCCAACUCACUAGGCCUUACCGCCGUCUCAGUCGAGUAUAGGCUUGCGCCAGAGCAUCCUUUCCCAGCCAGCCAACAUGAUGCCACUGACGCAGCGUUAUUCGCCCUCUCUGCGGCCGGUGAGGGAAAGCUCGGCGGCCCUCUUCGUUUGCUUGCGGGCGAGUCAAGCGGUGCUUAUCUCGCUGUAUGGACCGCAAUCUCACUCCGUGACGAUCACGGUGUAGAUGUCAAGGCCAGCUUGGCUGGUUUGCUCUGCAGUUACGGAAUAUAUGAUAUUUCGUACACGCCGUCGCUACUCCGCCAUGAACGCAACAUAAUUGUUGGGCGUGAGAGCAUGUUUAGGCUCGUGGAUGCCGCGUUCCCUCCCGAACAGGUGAUUAACCGCAAAGACGCUUCUGUCUCGCCGCUUUACGCCGAUCUCAAGGAUCUGCCACCUGCACUGUUCUUGUGUGGCACUGAAGAUUCUGUGAUUGAUGACAGUGUCUUCCUUGGCUCACGAUGGAGUCUCGCCGGUAAUAAAGCCGAAGUAAAGUUGGUCCCGAAGGGCUUCCACGCUUUCUCACUGAUCCCAACAGGUGAGAUUCAGAAGGAGGGAGUCUCAGAUAUUGUGUCCUUUGCAUUGUCAGUUUUGUAA